AUGCAAUCAUUUGCAAUUCCUCCAGAAUGUGCUUUUCCAUGUGCAAAUAUUUAUAAUCCCCUAUGCACGUACAAUGGUAGAUGUUAUCAAACAUUUGGUAAUAGUUGUGUACUAGCUUCGGCAAACUGUGCAUUACCACCAGAAUCACCAAAAUAUGAAGUUGUAGAUUCAGUAGAAUGUGAAUAUUUACCUUGCGCUUAUUUUAAACUUUGUGUAUGUGAUUACGCGUGCUCGACAAUCUAUCAACCAGUUUGCGGUUAUAAUGGCUACUGUUAUAAAACAUUUUCGAAUCAAUGUAAUUUUGACAAUUUCAAUUGCCGACAUUCAUAUCAAAUUGUAUUACCUAACGAAAUACUUGGAGAAGGAGAAAAUUGCCCUGAAGCUUGUACAGAUAUAUAUGCUCCGGUAUGUGCAUUUAAUCAUCAAUGUUAUAGAACAUUUGGUAAUGAAUGUGAAGUUAAAGCAGAAAAUUGUCGUUUAUCUAAGAAUGAAAAAAAAUUUAAAAUUGUGUCUGUGGGGGAAUGUGAAAAUCAUCCAUGCUUUUCUCAAAAUAUAUGCGAAUGCAAUAUGGCCUGCAUAUUGUUAUAUGAUCCAAUUUGUGCCUAUAAUGGUAAUUGUUUUAAAACAUUCUCAAAUGGUUGUUUUCUAAAUGCUCAUAAUUGCCAAAAUCCGUAUAACUAUUUUGUUGAACAAUGCCAUGGUGAAUGCAAUGCAUUAAAUUAUCAACCAAUAUGUGAAAAUUAA